AUUACACCAGCAUAACAGUCUCACAGCUAGAAUCACAUUAUAUGUAUCUACAGCGACCUCUCCUGCUCGUACAUUGUCAUUACAACAGCAAAGUUGAGCCUUUCACACUGCCUUGUUCUUCGGUUGGCGCCAUUUCCUCGGAGGUUACGAAUCAUCAGAAUUACCAUCAACCACCGUGUAAUUCUUGUAUCACGGUAUAAUUCUAUAGACGCCCUUGUGAUUUAAACACUUUGUUUCGCUGAUUUACUGGCAGUUCCCGCCUCUCUGACCUAUCAGGCAGCACCGGGGCAGGCCGGGGACCUCGCUGACUCCUCGCGAGAUACCGGUAGGCAGCAUGGAGGAACUGGAUGUUGACCCGGCGGAGACGGUCAUACCAGGAUUAGGACAGCAAAACUUCAACAUUGGGUUUAACUGGGGCCCUGGGGAGCUGCUCUUGUAUGAAACUGAUUAUCGGAACUCAGGAAAAUCAAGCUUUAGACAUGAAUCUCAGUCCCAGCCAGACCUUGGUAAAAUUGGCGCACUGUGUCCUUUAAUGUACAUUGUGCGAAAAGAUGAGGACAUCUACUCUCCAACACUUCGAAAAUUAUUCAAUGAAUCUCACAGCAUUUUUGUGGGGCUGCAGAAAAGCGAGGAAGAUGUGUCGAGCAAGACCAGAAAAUUACAGUUAGUGCGAGUGAGUAAGAAUUACCGCUCUGUGCUCCAGGCUUGCAUGGAGGAGAUGCAUUCACUGGCUGCUUCUACCAGAGAUCCUGGUCUGAGUGCCAAAUACAGGAGCCAGGUCUCCAUUCUCUCUGCCAUGGAGCUGAGCUGGAACCUCUGUGAGAUCCUUUUUAUUGAAGCAGCAUCAGCCGGAUCCCUUCUAAUGCUGUUACUUGACUGGGUGCGGCUUCACGUGUGUGAGGUGGACAGCGUGGCUCAGGACGUUCUCAGAAGUGAACAGCCUACACAGCACGAAAGGUUUUGGCACGUGAUCACGGGGUACAUACUGCAGGGACGAAUGGACGAGGCGCGGCAGUUGCUAGCUAAGGAAGCUGCUGCUUCAUUGGGUUCCCGCAGCAUGUGCCGAGUGUUGGAUGACCUGCUGAAGAAAAUGCCCAUGUUCAAUCCCUCGGGAACUCAGACCCUGACUGAAUUUGAGCUGAAGUGGCAGCACUGGCAUGAGGAAUGCGAGCGGCACCUGCAGAGCGGAACCUUUGCUGCCAGCAUCAACAUGGAGACUAUUUGCAAGGUCCUGCUGGGAGAUGAGGCCACACUACUAGAGAAUAAGGACUUGAUGACCACAUGGUACCAUUUCCUUGUAUCAAGUCUGCUCUUUGCACAUCCGACAGUGAAGCCUACAGAUAUACACUUUUAUGCACAGUCCAGCUUGGACUUGUUCCUGGGUGCAGAGAAUGCUGAUCCCCUGGAUAACAUCUUGUUGGCUGCAUUUGAGUUUGACAUCCACCAGGUUAUCAAAGAGUUUAGCAUAGUCUCCAGCAACUGGUGGUUUGUAGCUCAUCUGACGGACCUUUUAGAUCACUGCCAGCUAUUCCAGUCUCACAACCUCUAUUUUGGUUCCAACAUGCGUGAGUUUCUUCUGCUUGAAUAUGCAUCUGGGCUCUUUUCCCACCACAGUCUUUGGCAGCUGGGGGUUGAUUACUUUGAUCACUGUUCUGAGUUGGGUCGUAUUUACCUUGAGCUCCAUAUAGAGAGAAUUCCCCUGACCACAGAGAAGAAAGCUCUGAAGGUGCUGAGGAUAUGUGAGCAGCGUCAGAUGACGGAGCAAGUCCGCAGUAUCUGUAAGACGAUGGCAAUGCAAGCCCUGCGCAACAGUCGUCUGGGAUCAGCAUUAUCCUGGAGCAUUCGAGCCAAAGAUGCAGCUUUUGCCACACUCAUAUCUGAUAGAUUUCUAAAGGAUUACUGUGAUCGAGGAAAAUUCUCUGACUUGGAUUUGAUUGACAACCUGGGUCCUGCUAUGCUGUUGAGUGACAGGUUGACGUUUCUUGGAAAGUACAGAGAAUUUCACCGGUUGUACAGUGAUAAGCUGUUUGUAGAAGCUGCAUGUUUAUUACUUUCUCUCAUGACUGCUCGCAUUGCCCCUUGCUCAUUCUGGUUCACCCUACUGAUGGAUGCUCUCCCCCUCCUGGAGCAAAACCAGGUCAUUUUUUCAGCAGAACAAACCUAUGAGUUAAUGAGAUGUUUAGAAGAUCGGAUGGUGGCAAAGAAGGAAGCCACAGGCCUUGAGGAGUUCUGGAAACAGGAUGACGACACUAAAGUUGAAACGCUGAGGCUGGCUCUAGCACGGAACCUUGCACGAGCAAUAGUGAGAGAAGGCACUCUACAAGGCUAGAUAGGGCUAAGUGCAAUCUGGUUAUUGUACAGAAUCUUUUUUGCAAUAAACGUAUUUUUCCAAA